AUGAAGGACAAAGAAGAGUUCGAGACAGACCAUAACUGUAGCCAUACAAUGAAUCAUCAAUUUUCACUGAUGGCGUACCGCCCCAAUUCAAUACAGAAUAUUCGAUCCCUUCGCAAACUAUUUGAGGUUGUCAAUCAGAAAUACAGCCAUGUGUCCAUCUGUAUUUUGAUCGCCCACCUCAUCAUGGAGUUGGUGUCUGUGGCAUUCUACGUGUGGACGUCACAGGUAACAGCAGCCACAUCAGUCGCUGAGUUCCAUUGGAGUGAAACAGUGUUUAUUGUGGAAGUCGGGAUCAAUGUCAUCUUCUUCCUGGAGUGGGUUAUUCUCCUUUUCGGGGAAGACGACAAGAUGCGGUAUUGCCUCUCGUGGCUCUCGAUAGUGAAUGCUGCGACAAGUUUCCCGAUGAUAGUGUUUGGCAUUGGGGCUUUGACCGACAAAAAGUGGCAGAGUUUUUGGGUGCCCAUGUAUCUGCGCGUGUGGUGGCUGUAUGAUUGUGUGGUGGUUCUCCUGGAUUAUCCACAGCUGGCGUGGUGGAUGAUGGAUAUCACCCGAGAUAUUUGCCGUUUCCUUACAAAGCUCUUGGCUGUCAUCUGCACUUGUGUCGGCACACACCAGAUUGUCGAGAGCACAUGCGGGAAUUACAUGGAUCUUUACGAUUCUCUGUACUGCAUGAUUGUUGGCUUCGCCACAAUUGGGUUUGGCGAUGUCUCACCACAAACAACUCCGGCUCGACUGUUGAUGAUUGGCUUCAUUGUGAUCGCCCUUAGUUUCUUUUUGCCGUUGUUGCAGCGACUGGCACACAUUGGCCACGAUCACUUGUAUUACAAUGCGUAUGAUUCUCGCGGUGGAAAGAAGCCACAUGUUAUUAUCUGUGGCGUCUUCACAGAGCUCGGGGUUGAUAUUAUUCUGGAGAAUUUUUACGGCGGCUGGCGGAAGUACCUUGACGUCCGAAUUGUGCUGCUCUCGCCGGUUGACCACUCACCAGAGGUGAAGCUGUUGAUGAACCUGCCGUGGUUUAAAUACCGCGUGAUCCUCAUGGUUGGGGACCCAGUGAAAGAAAUAGACCUCAAGCGUGCCGACGCACGCCACGCAGAGGCCAUCUUUUUAUUUGGUGACACGGGCUCAACCGCAUACCACACUGACUACCAUCUGAUUCAGCAGUCACUCGCUGUUCACCAGUAUGACGCGGAGCUUCCACAACAUUUAUUACUUCGGAGCGAGCGUCACACUAAGCA